CGCUGUACACUAACAGAAGAAAGACGAGAGAAGUGUGGACAUGGCAGGGCUGAGGAUGAGAGCUGCGGCUGACCAGCUUCGGGUAUUGCUAUCCCACGGGGCCCGGCACAGCAGGUGUUCGGUGUGUGCUUAUAGUGCCGCCCCUCAACAGAAAAAUACCGGGGACCAGACCACCGCAGACAACGGUGCUGACUCACUCGAGAGGAAGGCGCUAAAGCUCGAGGAGGAGGUUCGAGACUUAACAGAGAGUUACAGAAGAGCAGUAGCGGAUUCGAAGACCGUUAGGAAAAGGACACAGAAGUUUGUGGAGGAUGCAAAGCUCUUUGGUAUCCAGAGCUUCUGUCGGGACUUGGUGGAUGUGGCAGAUAUUUUGGAGCAGUCGGUGAACGAAACGCAGCAGAAUGGGAUGAAGGAUGCGUCAGAAAUCUUAUCUUUAGUUGAAAAGAAACUGCAAAGCAUAUUUUCCAAACACGGACUACAUAAAAUGACCCCAGUGGGAGGACCGUAUGAUCCUUAUGACCAUGAAAUAGUCUCUCAUGUACCAGCAGAGGGCAGAGAGCCUGGCAGUGUGGCCACCAUACAGCAAGAUGGGUACAAACUACAUGGGCGAACCAUACGUCAUGCUCAUGUUGGAGUUGCAGUGGAAACACAAGACAGUGACCAAAAUGUGGACUGAUUCAAAUACUCCUUCUACGUCCCUCGGAAAGUUCCUCCUUAUUUAUUAUAAUUAGAGUUUAGUUUACUUGUUUGGUUUCUUUUUUUUACUUUACCUGGAGCCAUUACCCCGCUGCUGGAGUGCCUUAUCGUAACCUCCCAUUGGUGUAGUUCUCACACUGCUUUCUAGUCAUCUCUGGGAUCAAGGGACUGUCUCCCAUCUUGAUUUGAUUUCAUUUUAUGUUCACUAAAUAUUUAUGGCUAAUAGAGUAUUUAUCCCGAGUUAUAUAGAAAAGCAAAAAGACAAAAAUGACUGGUUAGCUGGUAUCUGUUUUACAUUCUUGCAUUCCUAUGGUAUUCAUUUAUUCUGAAGCAAUUUCUCUAGUAGUUGUUU